ACCCACCAUGGUCUUACAUGGAGGAUGUGUGCAAAGCAAAUAUAGCUAUGAUUUAUCCUUUCAUUUUUAAGUUUGUGUAUAAUCAUUUGAACUGAUUUUGUUAAUGGAAUGGAUUUUACUGAUUGUUAUUCAGCAUUUGUACUAGUUAGUACAAUUUGACAGAACGUUUAGUGUUGCCUGAGUAUCAUCUAACAAACUAUCAACAUGUAGCCUAAAACCAGAUUUAUACAAGAAGAUACUCACGUAGUCGUAACUGCAAUCAAUCGGAUUUGUUGAUCUUAUUGUUUUCAAAAUGGAGCUGCACAUGUAGUGUCUCAUCAUUUAUCACCAUUAGUUGAUAUUAGUUAAAUAUAAGAUGCCAAUGGAAAACAGACCCGAUGAACGCAGGCGAGAAGAGGCUAGGCUAGCUCGUGCCAACCUGUUAAGACCCUUAGUUGAACCUGAACCUCCUCAAGUGUCACAUGGGGAGAAUUCAUUUAGCAGAGUUGAUAUUCCAAUAAACGAAGGUGAUGCAGUUUCAAAGAGUGUUCAUACUAUUCUUGGACCAUAUUUCAAUCUCUUGGUAGGCCCUACAAAUGGCAACAGGCCGUAUAAACAGGCUGUCCCAGUUCCAAAACCUGUAAGCACAGAGAAACAUAAAGUUGCUAGCGAUGAUGUUGAUGGUUCUGAAGCUGCAGCUAGUAAACAUCAGCCCAGACAACCCACACUGGACACGGGUCAGCAUCCACCACCUGCUCAGUCUACCAGCUCCUCAUCAGCUAACAAAUCCACACAUAAUUCAUCUGGAUUAGUUCCUGUGGAACCUAAACGCCAGUCCUCAUCCAGCUUGCCUCAGAGCCAGCCUGUGCUCUCUAGUGCUGCUUCAAAGCAACCCAAAGCAGUGUUGACUACAAACCCAGCACAACAAAUGGUCACACCAUUAUUGUCUAGUCCUGUAGGCCCUGAUCUCUCCCCUAAAGACAUUCCUGUAGCUCAUAAACCAAAGGAUGGUGGUAGCAAGGAUCACCCUGUGAAGGAACCCACCCCACCACCCUCAGCUAAACACAAGCCCCCAGUGAAAGAUGUCAUGCCACCUUCAUCCUCCCAGCCCGCGUCUCAGUUGGUCAAACACAAGCCACCCUCUACCAGAGACCAACACACAAGCCGCCAUGUUGAAAGUAGUUCCCAACCCUCUGCUGCCAAAGAUAAGCAAUCACCAUCUCAGCCUAUUCCUGCUGCUUCUUCUUUUGCCCAGAAACAUUCCAUGUCCCCGUUAGUGUCACCUUCUGUAAACAAAACUGUGUCACCAUCUUCAGUAAACAAGACAGUGAUCCAGGCAUCACCAAGUUCUCAGAUCAAGGCCGUGGCCCAGGUGUCACCACCUUUAAUCACCAAGACAGUGUCACCAUCUUCUGUUAGUAAGACUAACAUAACGUCCUUGUCACCAAGACCAACAACGCCACCAAAACCUAGCUCUGGUUUACCUAAUGGAGUAAUUACACCACCGCAUUCCAAACCUUUGGUAGCUGCCUCAGCAACUUCCCAGCCCAAGGCCACACCAUCUAGUGAGAAGUCUUUAAAACUGCACAUGCCUGAUGAGAGUAAAAUAUCAAAAAGUGACCUUAAUCAUAUCUUCAAGGAAAUGACUGAGCUUCAGCCACCCCACACUGCUAUAGAAACACCCCAGAAACUGAGUGAUGGCUUCCCUUUCCCCAAACUCUUUAGUAUGGCAGGGAAGCUGGAGGACAUUCAAGAAGAGGUAAAGAAAUGUCCGGCUGAUGUAAAAACAGAAGAUGAAAAAGGAAUUAAAGAAGCCUUGAGCAGCGUGACCCCGGCAGGAGAGGCGGUCAAGCUUGAGGCGGUAAAGGAUGAGAAGCUGCCCGCUAGGACUGAGGAAGUGGACAUGGUCAAUGUAAUAGACACGGAUGAUGCCGAAGAUGGGGCGCCGGCUGUCAUUGAACCCACGCGCCCCGUUGCAAAGAAGAGUGGAGGAGGCAAAUCUAUGUUUGUUGACAGCUCUGUUUUGAUCAGGGAUUUGGAUCUAAGCGAGGACAGCGAUGCCGAAGCAACGUCUGAGGACAACACCAGUGCCAGCCAGUCAAAGAAAGGAAAAGUUAUUGAAUCUUCUUCAGGUGCACCAGUCAAACGGGUUCAGUCCCCCAUGUCAUCCAGCAGUAGCAGCAGUAGCUCCAGCUCUAGCUCCAGCUCCGAGUCAGAACCUGAUGAUGAUGAUGAUGACCCUGAGGGUAAUGACAGCAAAGAGAAAGCAACCCUCCAGAGAAAGUCAUCUGAAAGAAGGUUGUCAUCUAGUUCUUCCAGUAGCAGUGAUUCUAGUUCAGACUCUGGCAGUGAGGAUGAGGAAGGUAAAGAAGAAAGGCUGGAAACUGUUGCAGGGAGAGGAGAGAGGACUCCACCAUCUCCCCCCUACAGACCUGGCCCUGCCUCUGUGGGAACUCCCACCGCAGUCGUUCAAGAAAACCGUGACUGGGGACUUGGCCAGUUUAUUCGUGCUGCCAGUAAAAGCAUAGCUUCCAACAGCAGUCCUUCAGCGCCACCUUCUGUUCCACCCAAAGAGGAGAGUGAACAGACUCGUCAACGAACUUUAAAAGAGAUUGGGCCGUGUAGUACAAUGUCUUUUGACAUUGGCAGAACUUCUGAUGAUGAUUUAGAUGAUGAUCACGCAGAUGAUGAAAAUGAUGAGAUUACCAUGAGGAAGAGCAGUGGAAGCGUGUCAAAGAAAGAUGUUACAUCUGUGAGAAGGUCUAGUACUUCCAUUUCUAGUCAGAAGCAGCAGGAGCGCAAGAACAGUAUUUUAGAGGACAGUAGCAAACUGUUGGAAUCCAAAAAUGAACUUAAUGGGCUUUCAAUAAAAAAACAUAGUGAUAAAGAUCCAAAGCAGCUGGAUUCUAUACCAAGCAGCAAGGAGGUUAAAAAGAGGCCAGCUAACGGUUCCAUUCCUAAGAGACAUGUGAAGGCAGGAUCUAGUUCAGAUGAGGAUGAGAUUGAUGUGGAAGGCUUUACACCUGACCCUAAGCAUCAUCGUCUGACCCCCAGUCCGGACAAACCACCAAGCAAAGGUAAACAGGAGGUGACCAAAACCCUGUUCACUGACUCUUCUGUCAGUAAUGACCCUGACCCCAAAGCCCUGGUCUCCAGGGGUAAAAAUGCACCAAGUCAUCUCAUCAAGCACGACAAAAGGAAAGAAGAACCUGCUGUGAUAGCAUCUUCUUUUCCCUCGUCAGGCUGCGAGGCAGUUGCUCCAACUUCUGGGAAAUCCAAAAAGAAGUUGCCAACAGAAAGUGCAGCCGCUCUUGAUCACCUGGAGUCUAUAUCACGACCACCUAAUUUACUUUCACCUUUACCCCAUGCUUACUCACCUCCACCUGUUGAUUCCUCCAAACCACUGCCUUCAUUCCGGAUCUCCUUUUCACCUGCGCCAGUGCACACCUCAGCCUCAAACAACCCACCUUUUGUCACACUGUCCCGCAGUGAAGAUGGGACUAGUCAACCACGGAUAAUGGUUCAUAUCCGAAAAAAAUUUCUAACUGAAAAGAACCUACGCAGGCUGAGGGAAAAGAAAGAUAAACUUCGGAAUGUAAAAACUGUGGCAGACACAAAACCCACAGAGUUCUCUUCUAAACCUGAAGUGAGUUCAGAUGUUUUGAAAGAAACUCGAGUGCCGCCCAUUUCAGAUGUGAAAAGUGUUAGUGUAAACAGCAGCAUUAGAGAGAACGAAGCCGCUGGUGCCAGCAGUUCUUCAGCUCACCCGCGGGCUUCUCACACCACCUCCUCCCCAGCAUUCAAGACCACAAAACGCAAAUCUGACACUGGUGGAGGUGACAGUGUUCCGCUGUCAAACCAUAAUUACAAAAUUCCUAAAUCCAGCAAAUCUUCCAGCUUGGAAGCAUUGUCUUCAUCAGAACUUUCAUCUUCCAUACCACCUGACAGUUCCAAACUUGACAAUAUGUCCCAUAAUUCAGCAUUGUCUUCCCACAAUCAUAAACUGGCUGAUUCUAAUGUGUCGCUCUCCAAAUCCACGCCUGCUACUGAUAUUGCAAAUAAUGCCAACUCAACUGAUGCCUCAAGAAAGGAAAAAUCUAAAGUGUUGAAACGAAAAAUGGAUAGUGAUGAUGAAUCUGUAUCUAAGAAAAUAAAAGAUAUGUCCAAUGACAAGAGUGGGAGCGUUCCCCAGCAGCCCACACCUGUCAGGAACCGUAGAGACAGUACUAAUAGUACCUCCAGCAAGGGUAGCCAUAACUCCUCUUCAUCUAAAAAGACCAGAAGAUUAUCAAACUCCAGCAAUAAAAACAGCAAUAACAAUAAUAACAUUGAAAAAACCAGUACCCCAGUGACAAAUGGGCCAGAGAGUAGCAGCCUCCCGUUCAAUCACUAUGUAAAUGGCAACAGUAGCAGUCGAUCAGCACCAUCAUCUCGCCCCACUAACUUACCACCACCAUCUCCUAUUGAAACUCAGUUACAGACCACUGAACACUAUUUGGCCAGGGCUAAAGAACACAAGCAUCAUGCAGACAACCUAAAAGACAAAAUGGCCAGGUUUGAACCCUACCUGAGAUCUGGGUUGAGUUUUUUUCUGGCUGGCUUCUCCAUGGAGCAGACCAAACGAGACCUCAAUGCCAGUUAUAGCCUGUACAAUGACACAUCCAACUUAUUGCAAUAUGUGAUCAGAUUGAGAGCCAAUAGCAGCUCCAACCCUGAGUCAAGUGAUAGGGAGAGAAAGUUAAUAGUAUUAAUAAUCCGCUUGCGUGCCUACCUGAAUCAUAGACUGUACAGGCUGAGGAAGCCUGAAGUGAGCAAGCUGAAGAAGGUGAUAGAGUCAGAACAAAGCAAGCUCCAGACUUGCCCACCUGCUACAGCCAACUCCACAUCAAAGCCCUUCGCCCCCUCUCCACACCAGAACAAAAACAGUACUGGAACCCCAUCCCCCAUGUCCCCCACCCCCUCCCCUGCUGGCAGUGUUAGUUCUCAGGGUAGCUGUGAGUUGGUGUCAGGUAAAAUACCAAAUGGCACAGCCCUUCCUCCAACGUCCAGUGGGAUGGUCAGUGUUCAACAGAGAGUUCACACUGUCACUCAAAGAUAUUUUGCUCUUACUAGUCAUAUGGUCAAGGCUCUGGAGCUCUGGGACCAGGCAGAUGCUGAGGCCAAGGGUUUAGAAGAAUUUUUCACACUUCUGGACAACGCAUGUGGAACGUUAACUUUUCACUCAGAACCACCUGUGAUAGUUAGAUACAUGAAACAUGCUCUUCGCCUACUCAACUUGUGACAGAGGACAAACUGACACUGCUCCUGCAGUCAACUGAUGCUGCACCUGCAGUCAACUGAUGCUGCACCUGCAGUCAACUGAUGCUGCACCUGCAGUCAACUGAUGAUGCACCUGCAGUCAACUGAUGCUGCUCCUGCAGUCAACUGAUGCUGCUCCUGCAGUCAACUGAUGCUGCUCCUGCAGUCAACUGACACUGCUCCUGCAGUCAACUGAUGCUGCUCCUGCAGUCAACUGAUGCUGCACCUGCAGUCAACUGAUGCUGUACCUGCAGUCAACUGAUGCUGCAUCUGCAGUCAACUGAUGCUGCUCCUUAAGUUAA